AUGGAUGAAGCCUAUUUGAUUCUACAUAGUACGAACUAUUCAAAUAGUAUUGUAUUGUUUGGCAAUAAAAUUGUAUGUGAAGGAUGUGAUUUUGAAAAAAUAGCGACGAUUCAUCCAAAUCGAAAUACAACUGUGAUAAUCAAUACAAAAUAUGCAUAUGAUUUGGAACUGCGAUCAGAACCAUCAAACCUAUCUUCACUAUGCCAGAUUACAUCAUACAAAUUCGCCGAGCAUGGUACAUACAUGUUCCAUGUCGUAGAGAUUACCUCAGAUGUAGGUGCGUGUUUCAUAAAACAAAUAGGAAAUCCAAGUAACUAUUGGACUCCUGUUAUCGUUGGUGUCAUAUUCGUUGUCUUGUAUAUUGCUUUGACGCAACUCUGGCAUCAUAGAUAUCGUAGUCAAUAUUAUAAUUAUUUUCUUUCGAAUAUUCUUCAUCGGCAAUCAAAGCAUAUCGGACAACAAACAGUCAAUCAAUCCGAUGAAGAUACUAUUCGUGCUACAGCUGAAUUACCGGUGACGAAUUCAAUACACCUACCGAAUCCAAGAAAGUUGCCAAAACGUCUUCGAGCAUUGGAUACAUUUCGAGGAUUUUCACUGAUGGUGAUGAUAUUUGUCAAUUAUGGUGGCACUGAUGUCAAACAAACACUACGUACUGAAUUAUUCAAUUGUAUUUUUCAAUUCUGGACUCAAUGGCUUUUGGUCAUAAUAAUCACAACUGGUUGGCUUCUUAUCACUUUUCUUCUUCAUGUUCCUAAUUGUCCAACUGGAUAUUUGGGUCCUGGUGGAAAACACAGUCAUGGAAGAUAUUGGAAUUGCACUGGAGGAGCUGCUGGAUAUAUUGAUCGAGUCGUUUUAGGAAAUUCUCACUUGUACAAUGACCCAACCUGCAAAGAAAUCUAUCAUACAAAAGUGCCCUAUGACCCGGAAGGUAUAUUGGGUAUUUUAACUGGAACUUUACUCUGCUAUCUUGGCGUACAAGCUGGUCACAUAUUUAUUCAUUGCACUCGUACGAGUCGCAUUUGUGCCUAUUGGAUUUUGUCAGGCAUCAUUUGUGGUUCUCUCGGUCUGAUCUUAUCACAUGGUGGUCAUUCCAAUAGUUGGAUUCCGAUCAAUAAAAAUCUCUGGUCGCUGACAUUUGUAUUGAUUUUAGCUAGCUUAGCUUUUUUCAUUGUAACUAUUCUCUAUCUACUGGUCGAUGUUUAUCGAUGGUUUACUGGCGCUCCUUUUCUCUGGUUAGGAAUGAAUUCGAUUGUUAUCUACAUAGCUCACGGUCGAUUUGGAACCAGUUUUCCUGUACAAUUCCUAGACAAUAAUACACACGUUGAAGAACUUGCCAUGCACCUCUAUGGAUCAUUUUUUUGGUCAUUUGUUGCCGGCUUCAUGUACUAUAAGAAAGUUUUCAUCGCCAUUUAA